AUGUCAUUUCCCUUCUUGCGAGCAUUCAUCGCCCUGUUUUGCUAUCGUUACCUCCGUCUCGUGGUUAAUCUGGUCUCCUUUUGGUCAUUUAAACCAAUUCCACCACCAGAAAAUCCAAAGCUGACCUCUCAAGAUGUCACGGUCAUCAUUCCCACGCUGGAAGGCUGUGGAGAGGAAUUGGUUGAGACUGUUCGGUCGAUUCUCGCAAAUAGACCAUUCGAGAUCCUCCUAGUGACAAUCGAGGCUAAUCGAACGAGGGCAGAGGAGAUGCUCAGCGCAAUGCCAGCGUCAAAGUCAAGGGUCAGACUGUUCACAGUCACGCAUCCGAAUAAAAGACGCCAAAUGACGAGAGCCAUCCCAGAGGUGACUACGGCCAUCACCCUCCUCGCUGAUGACGACGUGAGCUGGCCUUCAACUGUACUUCCGUGGGUCUUGGCCCCCUUCGAGAAGGACGAGCGAUACGGAGGUGUGGUUACCUGCCAGCGGCUGCGUCGUGCCGUGGCUCCUACCUUCUCACAACGUAUCUGGGGCUUCCUGGGAGCUCUUUACCUGGAACGACGCAAUUUCGACUGCGGGGCCACGACAAACGUGGAUGGAGGAUUGCCUUGCAUGUCUGGCCGGACGGUGGCAUACCGAACCAAGAUCCUUCAGGACGAGGGCUUCACCUACGCCUUUACAAAUGAGGGUUGGUGGUGGGGGAAAUACCAGCUCAAUGUGGAUGACGACAACUUCAUUACUCGAUGGAUGGUGUCGCAUGGUUGGGAGACUUACAUGCAGUACCACCCCGAGGCUGAGGUGCUUACCACGCUCGAGACAAAUCCCCGAUUCCUGAAGCAAUGCGCCCGUUGGUCUAGAAGCAACUGGCGGAGUAAUCUGACGAGUAUGUGUGACGAGAUGCAUAUCUGGUAUCGACAGCCAUGGAGUGCGUAUGCUGUGCACAUGACAACUUUGUCGCCUCCAGCUCUUUUGGGGGAUUUGCUGCUAGUAUGGCUGUGCUACCGGGCAACUAUUCCAUGGGGCGAUGUCUUACAUGGCCGGGCCAUGACCUUCCUGUAUCUGUGGAUGUUCAUUAGUAAAUGGAUCAAGUUGCUCGGUCAUUAUAUUCGAUACCCAGUGGAUGUGUUCCUGAUACCAGUGUCGAUUGUAUUUGGUUAUUUCCACGGCGCAAUCAAAAUGUAUGCCGUGAUGACACUCAAUGUGACUACUUGGGGAUCACGUGAUGGCGCUGAUGACUUUGAUAUGGAACGAAUGAAGAAACGCUCCGAUGCCGAUCGAAGCAAGCGUUCCUAUCUACCCAGCUACUCUGGGAACUAUAGUUCUAUUUUACGAUAG